CCUAGGUUGAGGCUCCCUGCGAGUGUCUAUAACUUUGUGCUGCUGCCGCGGCCGCCCUGCUCGUGGAAGGGAGGAGGAGGAAUGUGGAAGGCGGCGGCGCAGCCCAGGCUGACAGGCGGUUCCUCCGGCGGGCUGCGGCGGCGGCCCGAGCGUCCCCUCGUCGCGGUGCCCUGGGCUCGCGCGGCAGCGUCCGCCCUCCCGCCUUGUCCCUGAAGGGAAAGAGCCGAGGUAGCUGGCGCUCGAGCCUUCGCGGCGCCCCGUCCCUCCCCCGCCGCACCCAGCCCCGGCGCGAGAGGAGAGAGCAAGAGCCCAAGCCGCUGGCGGCGGGCAGGCGGCGAAGAUGGCAGAGGCACCAGCCUCCCCGGUCCCGCUCUCUCCGCUCGAAGUGGAGCUGGACCCAGAGUUCGAGCCACAGAGUCGGCCACGCUCCUGUACGUGGCCCCUGCAGAGGCCGGAGCUGCAGGCGAGCCCGGCCAAGCCCUCGGGGGAGACGGCCGCAGACUCCAUGAUCCCCGAGGAGGACGACGAUGAAGACGACGAGGACGGCGGCGGCCGAGCCAGCUCGGCCAUGGUGAUCGGUGGCGGCGUGAGCAGCUCGCUGGGCUCCGGGCUGCUCCUCGAGGAUUCGGCCAGGCUGCUGGCUCCGGGAGGGCAGGACCUCGGGUCGGGGCCAGCGUCCGCCGCAGGCGCGCUGAGUGGGGGCACGCAGACCCAGCUGCAGCCUCAGCAGCCACUAGCACCGCCGCAGCCCGGGGCGGCUGGGGGCUCUGGGCAACCGAGGAAAUGCUCCUCGCGGCGGAAUGCCUGGGGGAACCUGUCCUAUGCCGACCUGAUCACCCGCGCCAUCGAGAGCUCCCCGGACAAACGGCUCACUCUGUCCCAGAUCUACGAGUGGAUGGUGCGCUGUGUGCCCUACUUCAAGGAUAAGGGCGACAGCAACAGCUCUGCGGGCUGGAAGGUGCGUACCUAUCAGGGGUUGGCGGCCGGACCUGCCAGGCCUGCGCAGCGCCAAGCGAGUAUUGAAGCUGUCGGUUUGCCGACGCCUCGAGAGGGUUGA